AGUACAGCAGCUAACCAGCCCCUCCUCUCUCCUCACAGUGACAGUGUGUGAGCCCCACGCCAUGUCUGAAGCCGUGACGGAGCCUCACAGAGCGGGCGGCUUCCUGGAGUCCGCCUGUGCAGCCUCCCUCGACGGCAUUGUGGAUACAGCAAAUGAGUCUUCGGGGGAAGAGUCCGCAGGGGAAAGGGAAGAGGAAAUUGGUGCACAGGAUGAAAACGCCAGCAGCACCAAGACGACAGAGGUCCCUGCUGGACGGACGUCAAACACACAAACAGUGAGUACCCAGCGCCCAAACUCCCUGCAGGUGCACGCAGCAGGAGAGCCUGGCCUGUGGACGUCUCAGGGCGACGCUGAGGUGAAACUGAGGAUGGGGGACUCUGGCCUGGCUGCUGAGACCCCUCUGACCGUCAACCAGAUGUUCACCUCAGCUGUGGAGCGCUUUGGGGACCAUACGGCUCUGAGCUGGAAGGAGGGCGAGCAGCAGAAGAGCCUGAACUACAAGGAAUACUACCAGACCUGCCGCACCGCUGCCAAGAGCUUCCUUAAGCUUGGUUUGCAGCGCUGCAAUGGCGUCGGAAUCCUCGGCUUCAACUCGGCCGAGUGGUUCAUCUCUGACAUCGCAGCUAUUCUAGCAGGGGGGUUCGCUGUUGGCAUCUACACCACCAACUCUCCUGAGGCAUGCCAGUAUGUAGCAGAAAACUGCAAGGCCAAUAUCAUAGUGGUGGAGAACCAGAAACAGCUGCAGAAGAUCCUUCAGGUUGAAGACAAGCUGCCACACUUGAAAGCCAUUAUCCAGUACAAAGAUGCACUUAAAGAGAAGAGACCAAAUCUGUACACGUGGGCCGAGUUCAUGGAGCUCGGCCGCGAUGAGCCUGACGCUCCCCUCGAUGCCAUCAUUUCCAGCCAGAAGCCCAACCAGUGCUGCAGCCUCAUCUACACCUCAGGCACCACCGGCCAGCCCAAAGGAGUCAUGCUGAGCCACGACAAC